AUUUUGACAAAAUUUUGGUCUUGUCUAUCGACGACUGAGAAAAUGUCUGUUCUGUAAUGAGUUCAUAAAAAAUGUGUUUAAAUUGUACAAUCUAAAAUACUGCAACUUUUGAAUAAUUAAUAAGUUGUGAGAACAUUAUGUCGUCGUUGCAAUUUGUUGUUCACCCUUUGCCGGGAAGUGAAGAACAAUUUAAUGACAGAUUGCGAGAAGUGGCGGAACGAUUAAAUCGCUUCGGUCAAACAUCACACGCAGCCUUCGCAAAUCUACGCAUCGGCGUUAAACGUAUAGCCCUCGGACCGGCGCACAUCGCUAUACUGUUGGAAGAUGGACGAAUUUGUCGCGUUUCAUUUAGCGUAAUAUCUGAUCGACUAGAUCUCAGUAAAAAUGAUCCUGUCAAGAGACCUGGCAGCGGCGGUGGCGGGGGUUCGGGCGGCGGAGGUGGAGGAGGAGCAGGCGGUAAUAGUGGCCCUAGCGGUUCGAGUAGUAACAAACCACCGGGCAGCGGUCGACAAAUAAAUCGUACACGAGCUCGAAUAAUGAGAUCUUCAAAUACCGCCAUUAGGGGCAGCAACCACGGAGGUAGCAGAGGUGCACCUGUCAUCAUAGGAACUAGCAGUGGGGGAAGUAGUGGACGACCUAUGGUGACGGUACCUGCACCUUACGUUCCAGAGGAAUUAGUGACCCAAGCGCAAGUUGUGUUGCAAGGAAAAAGUAGAAGUCUUAUCAUUCGAGAGCUACAGCGCACCAAUUUAGACGUAAACUUAGCUGUGAAUAACCUAUUAUCUCGUGAUGACGAAGAAGGUGAGGAAGGUGACGACGCAACAGACUCUUACGUGCCAGAAGAUCUUAUAUCACUUCUGGAUGGGGGAUUCCAUUCGGAUCAUUCCGUUAUUAUUGACGCGGACGCCAUGUUCUCUGAGGACAUGUUCGGUUAUUCCGGGAUAAGAAACUUUUUAAACAGUCGGGGCACUAGCGGCAGAGGACGCUUGGCAGAUCGAGACGCUCCACCUUCGAAUUCAAAUUCUGGAGAUCGAGAUAGGGAUAGUUUUUCACGAUGGAGGGACCGACAGUAUUUUGGACCGAGACGGUGGCUGGAGAGUGCUUUGAGGGAUAGUGGUUACGAGAAAGAUUCUGAUAGCAAAAAGAAAGACGCCGCUAGUCCCUUAUGGAUAUCGGACGAUUUAGAAUUUUGGCCCGAUUCAUUUGGGCGUUUUACUCAGAUUGCGGCACUGUAUAGUGAGCUAAUUGCCCUUUCAACAACUGGACAGAUCUAUCAGUGGCGCUGGAACGAUUUAGAACCUUACAAGCAUCCAGAUAAUCCCAAUAUUCACCAUCCGAAAGCGCAAUCCCUCGGUCUUUUAGGCGAAAAAAUUAUACAUCUCUCCGCUUGUUCGACACGGUGCACAAUUGCGUCGGAUAACGGUAAAGUGGCGACGUGGCUGGACGAGUUGUUGGCGCCUGCUUCAACGAAACUGGAGCAUGCAGCUCAAGCGUACACUGAAUUUCAAACGGAUCGAAUAUCAAGUUUGCAUACAUGCCCAUUGUACACUGUUGCCAGAUUGGAAAGUGGUUCACUAUAUUGGUGGGGUGUGUUACCGUUCACUCAAAGGAAACGCUUGUGGGAAAAGUAUCGUACUAAAUGCAGAAAACAACGUCCCUCGACUAACCAACCUGACAUUAUCACUGGAUCGCAAGUGUGUAUGAAAAAUAGUCCGAUCUAUCAUCCUGGUGCGAUUGCGUUUACCAUCGCGGCGGGCGUGCCAAAAGUUGGCCAGUUACAAAAUUCGGCAUGGACUCUAAGCGACACUUGUACUUUCAAAAUAAUCAAUACACAAAUUGUCACAUCAACUGCUUCAGAAAAAACACGCGACAGUGCGACUCCCGGAACGAGUGGACUAAGUAAUUUAUCGACAAAAAAUUCAAAUAAAGAAACUGCAGACAGAAUCGAUAUGCCUCCCCCACCUUCUCCUGCUUCAAGCACAUGCAGUGACACGGGUAGCAUAACUAACAGUCACAAACGUCAGAAAAGGAUGACGGUCUCUGGUACAGAUGCGGCCAAUGACCAACGAAAGGACGAAGAGGAAUGGUUGCUAAGAGAUGUGAUUUUCGUUGAAGAUGUCAGGAGUGUACCGAUCGGUCGCGUGUUAAAGGUAGAUGGCGCAUAUGCGGCCGUUCGUUUUCCAACCAGUCACUCUAAAGAUCGAGAUUCGAAAGAUGCCGACGAUAUUUGGCAAGACUGUAGAUUAAUGCGGAAGGACGAUUUGCAGGUGUUAAAGUCCUCCUCGACAUCUCGCGUGCCCGAUUGUUUUCAACGCACUCCAAGACGCAUUCAAAUUUCUGAGUCGAGCGGUCAAAUUUUGACUAUAGCGAUCGACGGUCAGGGAAUCCACGCGAUUGUUAGAUCUGGAAAUAGAUUAAGUUAUGUUAUUUACAAUAUCAGCAGCGGACGCGUCGAGCAAGAGAAUCCGUUCCCUAGCGAUACCGCUUCCUUUAUGGGUUUAUAUGCACAAAAUAUUACACUAACCUGUCCCGGAGAGAGUACCGAGUCAGUAUUAAUACUACGAGAUGGGAAUAGUACAAUAUAUCCGUUAGCGAAAGAUUGUGCCGACGCAAUUCGUGACCCUGUACCUCUCGAUCUACCUCCGAUACGAUGCAUCGGGACGGGGACUAUCGCUUUAACUGGAACAGCGCAAAAUUUGAAAAAUCAAGUGGCCAUAGUGGUUUUAGCGUUAGAUCAGCAGAUAUUAAUGCCCAAAAUUUUGCGAUGCGAUGUGGAAGGCACCCGACAAAUACUCGCACAAUUGGAAGUUGACUCAAAAACCAAUCCAUCUGCACUCCAGAAUGUUCUAAUGGAACGAUGUGAUGGUAAUCGUAAUCUUUUCCACGCAAUAGUGAAUAUGUGCACUCCUACAUCAAAUAAGGAAACUGACAAUGAAACGAAUAAUGUUCCCGCAUCCAAUUCGAACGCCGGUCUGGAAUGCAUAAAUGUGAUAACUAACGCUCUAGGACCUAGAUCGGUUUCUUUACGAGAAAUGAUGCGGCGAGCAAUUCGCAGUGAACGAGACCUUAACAACUCAAAUUCGAUUGAUCAGCAACCGUAUGUUCAAGAAGAUCAUUUGCCAACUCCGAGUUGGCCGCCGGAAACUUUUGACGUGGCAUCGGGCGACGAGGACAGUCUUAUGGGCCUCAGCAGUUGUACAACUAAUAAAGGUUCUACCAACUUGAAUAAUGCACCAAUUAAUGUCACUGUGGAUCCGGCAGAACGCAGAAAUAACGCAAUGCAAAUCCUGUACACCUUGUUAUACGAUUCGACUGUCCUAACUCCGCAUCUCGUUGAAUUACUUUCUGCCAAAGAUGCCCAAGGUCAAACUCCUUUCAUGCUGGCGGUGUCUACACGUAGCUAUCCUGCGGCCUUGCAAAUUUUCGAACGUAUUACACAAUUAGGAACGCAACAAGAACAGAAAGAAAUGAUUUUCCCGACCGGUUCAAACCCAGACCAUUCGCCUUUGCACGUUUUGUGUUGUAACGACACGUGCAGUUUUACUUGGACCGGAGCCGAGCACAUUAAUCAAGACAUCUUCGAGUGUCGCACCUGUGGGUUAACCGGCACACUGUGUUGUUGUACGGAAUGCGCGCGAGUUUGUCACAAGGGUCACGAUUGCAAACUUAAGCGUACGUCCCCUACUGCUUAUUGUGACUGCUGGGAGAAGUGCAAAUGUAAAGCGCUUGUUAUGGGCAACCAGGCGGUUCGUUAUGAGUUGCUGACGCGACUUGUAAAAGACACAAACUUGGUUGUGCUGCCCAAUUCUCGAGGGGAGAGUAUUUUGUUGUUUUUGGCGCAAACUGUUGGACGCCAAAAUCAAGAACAACGUCAAUAUCGCGCUGCUCGUCCUAGGACCGCCUCGGCGAAUUCUAGAAAUAAAACGCCAUCCUCUGACAUCGAAUCUGAUAUGCCGGAACACGACUUGGAACCGCCCAGAUUUAGUCGUCGUGCUUUAGAAUGUUUACUGGGAGAUUGGAAAGCGGUGCAUAGCAUGGUUAUGUCGGGUGCGAAAGAGGACAAGGAACCUUUAAGUGACGAUCAACCCUACAUUGCUAAUCAAACGGGAGCUACACUUUUAGACAAAUUUACACAUUAUUUAUUGGUUAAAUGUUACCUUGAAGUAUUAGAGGUGUUAAUCGAGACGCUAGUAAGAGAAAUGAAAAAGGGAGAGCCAGAACAUAAAGAAUUUGCCACGUCAGUGGCGAGGCGAUUUGUUAGAUCUGUGGUUAGGAUAUUCGUCAUAUUUAGUGUGGAAAUGGCACCUAAUUCUACAAGACGUCGAAGUAAUGUGAAUGGGUACAAUUUGCCGAUAAGCAAGUGUAAGCGUGUGUUCCGCUCAAUGGUAAAGGUGUCAAUCGAGGAACUAUGCGAAACCGCUGAUUCGUUGAUAGCGCCUGUAAGAUUGGGGGUGGCAAGACCAACGGCACCAUUUUCACUAGCAACUUCCAUCAAUGAGAUAAUUAAUGGAUCUGAAGAGCUGUUCCUUGUCGACCCUUUGGCGCCCAUUGGAACCCGUCCUUCUGUAAAUCCGUCGAUUUCUGAACCACUACCGUUUUUGGGAGAGUCUGUGCGAAGAGCAGGUUCGGCCAGAGAUCUUGACGAUACCAAUGACGGCGAAAGCAUGGCAAUCGAUAACGAUGACGAUAACGCAUCAGAGCAUGAAGACAAUGCUGCCGAACACGAAAUUUCCAUCUCUGUAAGACAAUCCUCACUUAACGUCGGAGAAUCGUCGGAAGCUCCCGUCGAUCAGCAAGAAAGCAAUGCGGUUCAAGGCGAAGAUAGUGACCCCGAGCUUGAUUUGUUGGCUGAAACGGAGUCGGACAGCGACGACAAUCACAGUAAUCAAGAUGCAGCGUCCGCACAAAGAUCGGUUCAAACGGGAGCAACCGCCGGGUCUGACACAGGUAUGCUGUUAUUCCCCGAAGAUGAUAGCGGAGAAUCGAGUCAACAGGAAGAGGAAGAAAGCGAAGCCGGCGAAACAGACGAGCAGGACACCGAAGAUUACACCUUAACGGAUGAACAGCUCGAGCGUCGCAGAAGCCGUUACAGCAAUGUCACCGGACAUGGCCAACGAAGUAAUUUAGCGCCCCAAAACAUGCAGUGGGCUAUACGCUCGCGUGAAGCUAGCAGAUCGACGGGCGUGCGGCUGUCCGGCGGAUCUAAUCUUGUUUUUAUCGAUCCAAGUUCUCUUAGAAGAUCCACGGCGGGAAGUGCGACGGUAGCUGCUAGUACCGAACCUGUAACAAUGGCAACGACUGCUAGUUGUUUAGCUAGAGCAUUCGGAAUUGUUAUUAGACAAAUUUCCGAUUUAUUAUCGCUGAUGCAAGAUUUGCAUAUUAUGCCCACUUCAUUUGCUCACUUGGACAUCUCUCAGGAUGAUAUUUGUAAUGUUCAGAUUUAUCUCGAAUUCCGACUGAAACCGACUUGGGAUUGGUUACUAACAGUUAUGGAUGCCACUGAGGCUCAGUUGAGAUUUGGAGCUUCCCUGACUCACACAGCCGACCCGACGCAUCCUGCCCAUCCACUACACAGCUCGGGGGUGCAUGUUGGAACUCCACCAGUAGUAAGAACGAGUCGUAGCCACGCCAUAUCAGGAUCAACAAACACGUCGAGUGGUACUCGCAUUGUUGGUUUCAGUUCGAAUGUGGACGGAAAUCGUUCCAGGCCAGAAAGAGACAAUGUCGAUGCACAUUCAGCAAGAAGGGAAUUUUUAUCAUACUGUCUGUCUUUGAUGAGAGCUCACAACAGCGAACAUUUAGAUUCGUUGCCUAUAUUAGAUGUAUCUGCCUUAAAACAUGUUGCAUAUGUUUUUGAUGCCUUAAUAUAUUACAUGCGUUCGGGUUCGUCUGAAGCAGUCGAAGGUGAUAGCCUUAGAGAGGGGUUACCAUUGCCCCCAUGGAAUGAUCAGGAUGAAAAUGAGAAUGAGGAAGGUGAAGAGGAUAUUCCUGUGGCAAUGGAAACUGAAUCUUUAGACGACCAGGACGUUUCAAAUUUGGCUUCCCUAUCUAACACGCUAAAUUCCACCAGUGCCUCUCCUCACAGCAGCGGGAAGGGACGAAAACAUUCUUUCUUUCAGCGAUCGGAAUCAACACUUUGCUUGGGAUGUCCUCCGCCCGAUCCAUUUGAAAGUACAAUGGCAGAAGCGCUACCACUAGCCGAUCAGCCGCAUUUAUUACAACCGAACGCGCGAAGAGAAGAUCUGUUCGGUAUCCCUAAGCAGCCAAUAACUCUAUCGAGUACUGGUUCAACUUCAAACAAUCCAUUAGGAACUCUUCCCACAUGCCUUGGACUUUCAAGUCGUUCUUCAGAUUAUGUUAUGAGCAAUCCAAUCAAAGCCAAUCAGCCAAUUCCGUCCUCAUUUAAUGUGAUGGGUCCCAAUCCCCUGUCGUACCCCUCGAAUUACAGUUUUGACCAUGACAGCAAUACCGCUUUUGAUCCUAACCCACCGGAUGGCGACAGUGAUAUGAAAGUUGACUCUAAAGAUGAAAGUGCGAUUGUAAAUAAUGUGACAUGUGAUAAUACUAUACCGCAACACGUAGAAACAAAUAAGACUUCCAUUCGAAAUUAUCAAAACUUUGAAACUUUAUUGGCAGCUGUUAGCAAUGAAACUUCAGCAGAAGUACACGAAGAUCGACCUCAAGAUUUAUCGUGCAAUAAAGACCAGGUCGGAUUCGGUCAGGAUCACGAUUACAACUCCGAUACUGAACGUAACGACACAAGAGCCCUACCUUCACAUUCUUCGGUCAUAUCUCCUAGCUUAUUGGCGGCAGUUGGACUCGAACAGGGGCUACCCGCAUCACGACCUCAAAUUAUUGUGUCUCCACGUAAAGUUGCACUAGACGAUAACACUACCCCAAACAACAAUGGAAUGUUUGUUACCCCUCCUAAUUUAUUAACGACUUCUGAGACCAAUCAAGAAUUCGAAAUACAAAAGUCAUGUAUCAGCAGUCCCACUUCCAACAGCAGUCGUAGUCCCUCGAAAAGCGUUAUCGUUCGUGCGGGCACCUCUAUGAGUACUAAUCAAGAACGCAAGGUGGACGAAGCUGAAAUUAUGUCCAUCGAAAACCAACAAACGGAAUCGCUCGAAAAUCAGGAAAUAUCUGCGAAUGUUACUGUUGUAACGACACCCAAUACCAACAUUCAAGUGGAUAGACCUACAAUUGGCCAGUCCGUUUCACACGAUCUUCUCUUGGGGCGUUGGAGGUUAUCGUUGGAUUUAUUUGGGAGGGUGUUUAUGGAAGAUGUUGGUUUGGAACCUGGAUCUGUGGUUUCAGAGCUGGGCGGAUUUCCCGUGAAAGAGGCGAAAUUUAGAAGAGAUAUGGAGAAAUUACGAAACAAUCAACAACGAGAUUUAACUCUUUCGAAGAUGGAGCGGGAUCGAACGCAACUGUUAUUACAAACAUUUAAAGAGUUAAAUACCCAAUACAAUAAUUACAACAGGCGAGCGUCUACGUCCCAGCCGCCCUUGGCAGUAAAUCGGGUCAAAGUCACAUUUCGAGAUGAACCAGGUGAAGGUUCAGGGGUUGCACGUAGUUUUUAUACAGCAAUCGCGGAGGCAAUUUUAGCAAAUGAAAAAUUACCCAAUUUGGAAUCGGCGCAGGUUGGAAAUAAUAAAUACGCCCAUUACAGUGUUUUGCAGCGUUUAAGGAGAGAUAGAGACUUUUUAAGAAGAACGGCUCCAUCACGUGGAGCCGGAUCUAGGACUCGGGAUCAUCACAGACGGACUAUGAGCGCGGAAGCGCGCGCGUUUGUCCCCGGAGAUUCUGUCAAUACUGAGAACCUUUCCAUGCCCGAUAUAUCCAGUGGUAAAAUUACUAACGACUGACAGUGAUUAAGUAUUCCGCUUUUAGGUACGGCUGCUGCACAACCACAACCCGUAAAUCUCAAUGAGCAUUUAACAUCUCACCAACAACAACUUGGAAAUCGUCUAUACCCAAAAGUUUUUAGUCUACAUCCUACCUUUGCUGGAAGAAUUACCGGUAUGUUAUUAGAGUUAUCACCUGCACAGCUUUUACUGUUGCUGGCCUCCGACGAUUCUUUGCGUGCUAAAGUAGAGGAAGCGGUCGAAAUGAUUUUAGCUCAUUCACACUCGCAGCAAGAAUUAAAUUCGGAAGCCUUGCUAGAAUUAGAUGUAUUUUCGCUGGCAGAUAGGGUGAAUACUCGGAAGAGCUCAAGUCGUUCUAACGCUAGUGAUACAUCGAUCCAGGAUGACGCGACCAAUGAGGAGGAGGAUAACGCCCCCUUAUUUUACUGUCCUGGAAAAAUGGGUUUUUAUGCUCCAAGGCAAGGAAAAGGUUCUUUCGAACGGCUCAAUGCAUUUAGAAAUGUUGGGAGACUUUUAGGGUUAUGCUUACUGCAAAAUGAGCUAUGUCCAAUUUUCUUGACUAGACAUGUUUUGAAAUCAAUUUUGGGACGAGCGAUCAGAUUCCACGACCUUGCCUUUUUUGAUCAGGUCGUUUACGAAUCUGUACGACAGCUGGUUGUGGAUGCCGAGACAAAAGAGAGUAACAAUCUUUUCUCUGCCUUGGAUCUUAAUUUUAGUAUUGAUCUCACCGCGGAAGAAGGAGGUGGUUCUGUUGAACUAAUGCCCGGUGGAAGAGACACUGAGGUCACCUCCUCAAAUGUGUACGACUACGUUAGAAAAUAUGCAAAAUACAAAAUGGUGAAGGCUCAAGAAAAGGCGAUAGAGCAUAUGCGUUUGGGAGUAUUCGAUGUCUUGCCGGAGGGGUCUUUGGACGGUCUUACGGCUGAAGAUCUGCGACUACUACUGAACGGCGUAGGGGACAUAAACGUAUGCGUGCUUAUAUCAUACACCUCCUUCAACGACGAGUCGGGUGAAAGUAACGAACGACUAGUGAAAUUUAAAAGGUGGCUGUGGUCCAUUGUGGAAAAAAUGACUCAUCUUGAGCGUCAGGAUUUGGUUUACUUUUGGACUGGCUCGCCAGCUUUGCCGGCGAGCGAAGACGGAUUUCAGCCUAUGCCUUCAGUGACGAUUCGUCCCGCCGAUGACGCCCAUUUACCUACCGCGAAUACCUGUAUAUCACGUCUGUAUAUUCCUCUUUAUAGCAGCAGAGCUGUACUACGACAGAAGCUACUUCUCGCAAUUAAAACGAAGAACUUUGGAUUUGUGUGAUGUAGUAUGUUGUGUUAAUAAACUAGCUUUCGUUUUCAAUAUGUCCUUUAGAUUUUCAUUUCUAUUUUAGAGUUUUGUAUAAUAUUAACGAGUAAAAAUAUUGUUUCAAGUAAAAUGCCUAUAUAUAUUUGGAGAUGACGCCAUUUGAUAUUUACAACGGUGUGCUAUUGUUGACGUGGUGUAAAGAAGAGGAAACUUUUACAAGAGCUAUGUAUAUAUAUAUGAACUGUCGAAAGUGAUUAUCACACAAUACGGUUACCCACCCAUGGGUAUAAAUAAGUAGUCACAAAUUGUUAUUGAUUAUUUUUUUCAAAUUUUCAUUGUAACCCUAAAUUAGUUCUUUUUAUAUUAUAUUUGUUAUGCCAAGAAUCGUAAUUUUAGUGUCUAGCAUAUUUUGAACGGAUAUUAUAUGAAAAUAAAUAUUUUCUGUG